CAGGCUUUACUCGUUGAAGUGUCUAACCAUUUGGGGAGAGUUUGAAACCGUCGACAAACGGGCACUUCAUGGUCUGCAGAACUUGGAGCAGCUCCAACUGUCGAGAUCCAACCACUUUCCUAGUCGAGUGUUUGAUUGUCUUAGAAGCGUGAAGCUCUUGGAUUUGAGCUGGAACACAAUCGCAAACGUCACAAGUCUUUUCCAUGCCGAUCUGCCACAGCUCAGCUUUCUAUUACUCGGUGGAAACCAAAUUAGGCAGCUCUCGGUUGACAACUUUAACAAGGUGCCCAAUUUGAAGAAGCUAAAUUUGGACAACAACCAAAUUUCGAUGAUUGAACCAGGCUCUUUGUCCAUGGCGAAGCUUGGAAAGCUUACACUGCGACAUAACGCACUACGGUCUUUGCACGAAGCGAUGCUUCCAAACUUGCCGGGCUUAAUACACGUGGAUCUGCAGAACAACCACAUCAGGGAGAUUCACCCGGAGACCUUUGCCAGAAACCCUAGGCUGGACACGUUGUUUCUAGGCCACAAUCAGCUGGAGAGCCUAAAUUGGUUAAGCUACGGUUUAGUCCACGCCUCCACGUUAUAUUUGAACAACAACCAGCUCUCAGCUCUGCAACAGGCUGACUUUGAAAACUCGCGAAGGCUUCAAGUCAUCAAUCUGAGCCACAAUAACAUUUCCACUGUGGAAUUCGGCACGUUGGACGACUUGCACAAUUUAACCCACCUGGAUCUGAGCCACAAUCGCCUGGAGCACCUCGACCGAAGCCUAUUUUCGCGCGCGAUACACCUGCAGUACCUCAACUUGAGCCACAACGAAAUCGCCGACUUCGACCCCAUACUCUUCGGCCAAAACACCAAACUGAAAAGUCUCCAUCUCUCCCACAACAAAAUACGCAAGCUCCCUCCAGGCGCCUUCGCCUCGCUGGACUCGCUUUGGUACCUCCACCUCGACCACAACCGCAUACAGUCGCUCUCCUCCUACGGAUUUCUUCGCCUGGCGAACCUAUGGGGACUGAAUUUGGCCCACAACAACAUCAGCGUCAUAAAUGGGAGGGCGUUUUACGGCUUGAAGCACUUGGGGAAGCUGUUUUUGAACAACAACAGCUUGGAGCGCGUCGGCGCGACGACGUUCGCCGGGUUGAGGUACCUGCAGCGGAUGAACCUGUACGGAAAUCGGUUCGAAUGCGUCAACGAGGGCGUCUUUCAGCACCUGCGGCGGGCGAAGAUCGUCGUUGACGAUGGGAAGGUGAAAGUAAAGUGCGCAAAAUCCCAGUCGUUCGUCUAGCUCCGGAACGAACCGCUUAAGCUUAGGCACAAACCGAUUACGUGAUUUUUUCGUGCAUAACUAGAGGCUCAUUUUAGGCUAAUUACUUGAAUUAUGUGCAAAUAAUAUGUAAGCAGUAACUGUGUUGUGGCGCCAAAUUAAUUUUAGAAUAUUAGGAUAUUAAAAAUGUGAUAAACUUGUGAAUGAUAACGAUUCGGUACGCAAUUGCUUAAUUAUUCACAAGGCGGUAAUGUGAUUAUCUGUGUUUACGCUUAAUUAAUUAGGAUGUUAAUUUAAGAUGUGAUGUGAUGCUAAGUAAAUAGCGUGUAGUGUAGGUAGAUAAAAAUGUAUGAUAAUGGUUGCAAAUCUGGAGAAACAUUCGUAAAAUUCCUAAUAAAA